AUGGCCCUCGUCGAUUAUUCUUCAUCCGAGUCCGGCUCCGAAGAUGAAUCUCACCGUGCCAAACGUCAGAAGGGUGCCGACAAUUCGGUAGAUGGAGAUGCAGAUGCAGCGUCUUCUAUGCCACCUUUGCCAGAUACAUUUCAUGAUCUGUAUGCUUCUACUGUGAGACAGAGUGUUGUUGAUGACCCGAGUUUGCAUCAGGGACGGAAACGUCAGGUUCCUCAUGUAGUCGGCAAUUGGCCCAGUCACGUCUACAUUGAAUGGCAUCCUUCUACUGUACAGCAUGGACUACUCACUACUCUUAUCGCAGAUAUUGAAGAGCAGGUGUCAAGUGAAAUCAAGCUCUUCAAUUUCCUGACAAGUGAUCUGGGUUCACCUCUACCACUGCACAUCAGUUUAUCUCGCCCAUUAUCUCUCACGACAGGAAGCAAGGAUGACUUCUUAGAUAAGAUAACAGAAACCUUCAACAACAGCGGUAUCGCACCUUUUGCCGUCAGACCUCAAGGGUUGGCAUGGUACAGAUCACCAAACUCAGAUCGCACGUUUCUCAUCCUCCGUGUUGCCAGCACCAAAGAUGGAGCAGAGCCUUUGAACCCAGAACUCAGCAGUUUACUGGCGCGAAGCAACACGGUAGCUAAGCAGUUUGACCAACCAACGCUAUAUCAGCGAGAUACAAAAGAGCAAGUCGGAAGUGCGUUCCAUGUAUCUAUUGGGUGGACGUUCAAUUUGCCAGCCGACGAAAUGUCGCUCAAGACACUACGACUGUUCAGACAGUCCAAGUUUGACGACAUACGCAAAUGGGAGAUCAGUGUUCCGGGGAUAAAAGUCAAGAUUGGAAAUGUCGUGAAUCACGUUGUGCUCAAAGGAUCAGGUCGAAGCGGUACAUCGUCAAAGUCUGCACCCUUUCUCGAAUCAUGA